GUUUGUUUGUGUGCGUGUGUGUUGUGGUGUGGUGGAGAUAAAGAGAAGAAUGCGACAUCUCACGCAAUACAAACGAUCUUUGAUAUUAGUCCGAGCGGUAGUAUAGGUGGGCAAACAAAAAACAACUCGUCCAAGGAACUAUUGAAGAAAGCCGUAGGUGGCUGUGACGUAACCCUCUUUAUCUCAGUGGAGUCGUCGGCGCGCACGCGUCCACGAUGAAGGCGGAUGCUUUAUGACGUCACAAACAACAGAACGCCUACGUCGACGUUUUGCGUCCGUUUUCGCGCACUCGUCUCGGCUCGCGCGGCUCCUCGUCUGUCGCGUCUUCUUCCCUACGACGACAUUUUUGUGUUAUUGUCGUCGUCCGGAGCUCACCGACAAUGACCGCGGCCGCCAGGCGCCAGUCGUGCUUCCUGUGCGACCUGCCCCGCAUGCCGUGGGCCUUCAUUUGGGACUUCAGCGAGGCGGUGUGCCGAGGUUGCGUCAACUACGAGGGAGCCGACCGAGUCGAGCUGGUCAUCGACACCGCCCGCCAGCUCAAGCGGGCCCAGGGCCUCCGGGAGGGCCGAGCGGGUGGGAAGCCGCCGCCGACGACGACAGCAGCCAAGGAGCUCCACCAGCCGGCCCCGGUGGAGCUCGCCUCCUCCCGCUACUCGCUAACCGACAGGCCGCCGCCUCGCCUGGGCCCGGAGUACCAGACGCCGGCGACGGCGACAACGAGGCUCGCCAACGGCUUCCCCAAAGCCGACGAGCCGCCCGAGCUGAACCGCCAGAGCCCCACCGACCCAAGGCGGAGCGGCUGCGUGGUGCCGCCCGGCAUGGUGCCGCUGCUCAACGUUUGCCACCCGCACGCCACCGCCGUCCUGGUGCCCACCGAGGCGGCCGCUCUGCGGGUUGACAGCCACAUGGCGGCGGAGGGCAGGAGCGUGCGCGAGCUCAUGGCCGCGCACGGGAUGAUGACGUACGAAGGCCACGCCCCCUCCAAGACAGAGAGGGGGAAGAAUCCCCGCAGCUUGAAGAGGAAGGCGUCUCCCGAGCCAGACAGCAAAAGCACGGCCCACAAGUUGAUUGACACCGAGGGUUCGCCGUGGUUGCCGUCACACUCUGAGGCGGUCAAGAUGGCCCCUGCCGCACCGGCUGGCUUCUCGCCCCCUGGGGCAGCGGCCCCCCCGCCACAGAACGCUCAGUUGCCCAUCGCCGCCCUAAUCCUGGCCACAGACAAUGCGGGCGUGCCCAAAGACGGCGUCCGGGUGCGGCGGAACAGUGGCACCCCGCCUGGGCCUGGGGGGGAAGCAGGGGUGGCGGGAGGCGUCCCGCUCUGCUGCACAUUGUGCCACGAGCGCCUCGAGGACACGCACUUCGUCCAGUGCCCGUCGGUGGCGUUGCACAAGUUCUGCUUCCCGUGCUCUCGCGCCAGCAUCAAGACGCAGGGUGCCAGCGGGGAGGUGUACUGCCCCAGCGGGGGGCGCUGCCCUUUGGCCGGCUCAGACCUGCCCUGGGCGUUCAUGCAGGGAGAGAUCACCACCAUCCUGGCUGGAGACGUCAAGGUGAAGAAGGAGCGGGACUCCUAAGAAGGGUUCCUCUUGUUAACCAUGGCGACCGUGGAGCUCAGUGGACUCAAAACCGUGUCGUCUGUGUUUUUUGCUUUUUCACGACGUUUUGUGUUUGUGCAUUUUUCAACACAACCAAUUGCAGCGAGCACUCGGCCAAUAAAAACAAACCACUCAUAUCGUGUGUGUGUGUGUGUGUGAGAUCCAAUCCCCUUCAGUGUUUUGGUGGUCCGUGUUACAUGAACAGAUCUGUAAUCUCACUUGGUGUGCUGGGGUUGUGUGAGAUAAGUGUGACUUAAAAUAGCACAGUCAUACUGUUUGUGGUUGUGGCUAUGGCGUCAUA